GAUGAGCCAGCCCACCGAGGAUUUGGAGUUUCAUGGCGUAAUGAGAUUUUAUUUUCAAGAUAAAGCUGCUGGAAACUUUGCAACAAAAUGCAUUCGGGUCUCUAGUACGGCCACCACGCAAGACGUGAUCGAGACGCUGGCAGAGAAAUUCCGCCCUGACAUGCGGAUGCUGUCGUCCCCCAAGUACUCCCUCUACGAAGUUCACGUCAGCGGAGAAAGAAGAUUGGAUGUAGAUGAGAAACCCCUUGUUGUGCAGUUGAAUUGGAAUAAAGACGAUCGAGAGGGCAGGUUCGUUCUUAAGAAUGAGAACGAUGCCCUUCCUCCUAAGAAGGCUCAAAGCAAUGGACCUGAAAAGCAGGAGAAAGAAGGUGUUAUCCAGAACUUCAAGAGAACUCUCUCCAAGAAAGAGAAGAAGGAGAAAAAGAAGAGAGAGAAAGAGGCAGUGAGGCAGGCAUCUGAGAAAGAUGAUCGGCCUUUCCAAGGGGAUGACCUCGAGAAUUCCCGACUGGCCGCCGAAGUUUACAAAGACAUGCCCGAGACCAGCUUCACUCGCACGAUCUCCAACCCCGAGGUGGUCAUGAAGCGCCGGCGGCAGCAGAAGCUGGAGAGGCGGAUGCAGGAGUUCCGGAGCUCGGACGGGCGGCCGGACUCAGGUGGAACACUGAGAAUUUACGCAGAUAGCUUAAAACCGAACAUUCCCUACAAGACAAUCCUGCUGUCCACCACGGAUCCUGCUGACUUUGCUGUGGCCGAGGCUCUAGAGAAAUACGGUCUGGAGAAGGAGAACCCUAAAGAUUACUGCAUCGCCCGGGUUAUGCUGCCUCCUGGAGCCCAGCAUUCGGAUGAAAACGGUGCUAAAGAAACGAUCCUCGAUGAUGACGAGUGUCCUUUACAGAUCUUCAGGGAGUGGCCAACUGACCGAGGGGUUUUAGUCUUUCAGUUGAAGAGGAGGCCGCCAGACUACGUCCCGAAGAAAACGAAGAAACAUGUCGAUGGGAAGCUGGUGAAAGGGAAAGAGAGAGCCGAGGGUUCCGGCUACGGCUCAGCACUUCCGCCUGAGAAGUUGCCCUACCUGGUGGAGCUCAGCCCAGUCCCAGGGAGAAGGAGUCACUUUGCCUACUACAGCUAUCACACUUACGAAGAUGGUUCUGACUCCAGGGACAAGCCCAAGCUUUACCGCCUUCAGUUGAGCGUUACUGAGGUCGGAACAGAGAAGUUCGAGGAGAACUCCAUCCAGCUGUUUGGGUCAGGGAUUCAGCCCCACCACUGCGACCUCACAAACAUGGAUGGCGUUGUCACCGUGACUCCGAGAAGCAUGGACGCCGAGACGUACGUGGAAGGACGGCGCAUCUCCGAGACAACCAUGCUGCAGAGCGGGAUGAGAGUGCAGUUUGGGGCGUCACACGUGUUCAAGUUUGUGGACCCCAGCCAGGACCACGCAGUGGCCAGGAGACCCGUGGAUGGAGGCCUGACGGCCAAGGGCCCCAGACAGAAGCCCGGCCUUCAGUGUCGGCGUGUUCCGUUUGCGUUGGACCGAAGUAGUCCGCGGGUACCUGCCUCUCCCCAUCACUGCUUCUGUGGUGUGACACUGGCUGCAGUUGUCACGCGGCAGAAAUGCCGCGUGGCCUCUGAGUUGGCCUUUCUGCUGCUGCCCCGGCUUGUCCCUCUUCUCCCCACGGCCGGGCUCGUGUUCCGAACGUACGACUUCGAGCCCGUUACCGCCCAGCUUUCCGAGCCCCCGGUGCCUGGGGCACUGGAGCUGCAGCAGAGACCCCUCGGAGAAGUACGCGAGCAGAGUGCCACCAGGCUGGACAGCGACAGGGCACUGCCUGCCCCCAGCACGGCCGAGCGCGGGACAGUGAAGCCGAUGCUGAGACUGGAGCAGCAGGACUACCGCCGGCAAGAAAACAGAACUCAGGAUGCUCUUGGGCCUGAACUCAUACUGCCUGCAAGCAUUGAAUUCAGGGAAAGUUCUGAAGAUUCAUUUUUAUCUGCCAUUAUAAAUUAUACUAAUAGCUCUACAGUCCAUUUUAAGUUGUCACCUACAUAUGUAUUAUAUAUGGCAUGUCGGUAUGUAUUGUCGAGCCAGUACAGACCCGAUGUCAGUCCUACAGAGCGUACUCACAAAGUGAUUGCCAUAGUCAACAAGAUGGUGAGCAUGAUGGAGGGGGUGAUUCAGGAAGUAGACCAGGUUGAUCAGAAACAGAAGAAUAUCGCAGGGGCACUUGCUUUCUGGAUGGCCAAUGCAUCUGAGCUUCUCAACUUCAUUAAGCAGGACCGAGAUCUUAGUCGAAUCACAUUGGACGCCCAAGAUGUUUUAGCACACUUGGUUCAAAUGGCGUUUAAAUAUCUGGUUCAUUGUCUUCAGUCAGAACUGAAUAACUACAUGCCGGCUUUUCUGGAUGACCCUGAAGAGAACAGUCUACAAAGACCAAAAAUAGAUGACGUCUUGCACACGCUCACGGGAGCGAUGGCGCUGCUGAGGCGCUGCAGGGUCAAUGCUGCUCUGACCAUCCAGCUUUUCUCUCAGCUCUUCCACUUCAUCAACAUGUGGCUCUUCAACAGAUUGGUGACCGACCCCGAGUCGGGACUGUGCUCUCACUAUUGGGGGGCGAUCAUCCGCCAGCAGCUGGGGCACGUGGAAGCCUGGGCAGAGAAGCAGGGAUUAGAGCUGGCGGCCGACUGUCACCUGAGCCGGAUAGUGCAGGCGACCACUUUGCUCACCAUGGAUAAAUACGCUCCUGAGGACACCCCAAAUAUCAACAGCACCUGCUUUAAGUUAAAUUCACUGCAGCUGCAGGCCUUGCUACAGAAUUACCACUGUGCGCCCGAUGAGCCCUUUAUCCCCACGGACCUGAUAGAGAAUGUCGUGGCCGUGGCCGAAAACACGGCCGACGAGCUGGCGCGCAGUGACGGGCGGGAGGUGCAGCUGGAAGAGGACCCUGAUCUGCAGCUGCCUUUUCUUUUGCCGGAAGACGGCUAUUCUUGUGACGUCGUCAGGAACGUUCCAAACGGUUUACAAGAAUUUCUGGACCCUCUGUGCCAGAGAGGGUUUUGCAGGUUAAUUCCUCAUGCACGUUCACCAGGUACUUGGACGAUAUAUUUUGAAGGUGCAGAUUAUGAGAGCCAUCUUCUGCGUGAGAACACAGAGCUGGCUCAGCCUCUGCGGAAAGAACCUGAAAUAAUCACCGUGACUCUCAAAAAGCAAAACGGAAUGGGCCUCAGCAUUGUCGCGGCAAAGGGUGCUGGUCAAGAUAAACUUGGAAUCUAUGUCAAGUCUGUCGUAAAAGGAGGUGCUGCAGAUGUGGAUGGGCGCCUGGCCGCAGGUGACCAGCUCCUCAGUGUGGAUGGACGAAGUCUGGUAGGACUCUCUCAGGAAAGGGCAGCAGAACUCAUGACAAGGACCAGUUCCGUGGUGACACUGGAAGUAGCCAAGCAAGGAGCGAUCUACCACGGCCUGGCCACCCUGCUCAAUCAGCCGUCCCCGAUGAUGCAGAGAGUUUCAGACCGUCGUGGCUCAGGUAAACCCCGACCAAAGAGCGAAGGUUUCGAGCUCUAUAACAAUUCAGCUCAAAACGGGUCACCCGAGAGCCCUCAGCUGCCUUGGGCAGAAUACAGCGAACCGAAGAAGCUCCCUGGCGAUGACAGGCUGAUGAAGAACCGGGCUGACCACCGCUCCAGCCCCAACGUGGCAAAUCAGCCCCCCAGUCCCGGAGGGAAAAGUGCGUACGCCCCUGGAGCAGCCGCUAAGAUCACAUCCGUCUCCACCGGAAACCUCUGCACUGAGGAGCAGACCCCUCCACCUCGACCUGAGGCCUACCCCAUCCCCACCCAGACGUACACCAGGGAGUACUUCACCUUCCCGGCCUCCAGGUCCCAGGACCGCGUGGCUCCCCCUCAGAACCAGUGGCCCAAUUACGAGGAGAAGCCGCACGUGCACACAGAUGAUCAUCGGUCCGGCCCCGCGAUGCAGCGCGUCACCCGCUCCCAGGAGGAACUUCGGGAGGAUAAAGCUUACCAACUCGAGCGGCAUCGGCUGGAGGCGGUGCUGGAUCGCAAGUCCGACAGUGACGUGUGGAUCCAGCCGAGCUCCUCGGUGGGCUCCAGCACGUCCAGCCAGGAGCACCUGGACCCCUGCUCCAAGUCGGGCACCCCCGCCUCCACGCUGACCAAGAGCGGCCCCGGGCGCUGGAAGACGCCAGCCUCCGCGCAGCCCCUGCCGGCGGCCCCCCCGCCCGCGCAGACAGACCUGCCCCCGCCCCCCCCGCCGCCCCCCGCGCACUACGCCGGAGACUUCGACGGGAUCCCCGUGGACCUGCCCCUCCCGCCCCCUCCCAGCGGCCAGGCGGCGGCGGAGCGGAGAAAACGGGAGGAGCAGCAGCGCUGGUACGAGAAGGAGAAGGCCCGCCUGGAGGAGGAGCGGGACAGGAAGCGCCGGGAGCAGGAGCGGAAGCUGGGCCAGAUGCGCUCCCAGGCCCUGAACCCGGCCGCGUUCUCCCCGGUGACCGUCGCGCACACGAAGCCGGAGAAACCUUCCACGCUCCAGAGGCCCCAGGACACGGUCAUCCGGGAGCUGCAGCCCCAGCAGCAGCCACGCACCAUCGAGCGCCGAGACUUGCAGUACAUCACGGUCAGCAAAGAGGAGCUGUCCUCGGGGGACAGCCUGUCCCCCGACCCCUGGAAGCGGGAUGCCAGGGAGAAGCUGGAGAAGCAGCAGCAAAUGCACAUCGUGGACAUGCUGAGCAGGGAGAUCCGGGAGCUCCAGAGCAAGCCCGAGCGCAGCGCCGAGGACAGCGACCGCCUGCGCAAGCUCAUGCUGGAGUGGCAGUUCCAGAAGAGACUGCAGGAGUCCAAGCAGAAGGACGAGGACGACGAGGAGGAGGAGGACGACGACGUGGACACCAUGCUGAUCAUGCAGCGCCUCGAGGCUGAGCGGAGAGCAAGGUUACAGGACGAGGAGCGGCGGCGGCAGCGGCAGCUGGACGACAUGCGCAGGCGGGAAGCAGAGGACCGCGCCAGGCAGGAGGAGGAGAGGACGAAGCGAGACGCCGAAGACAAGAGGCGACAGGAAGAAGGUUAUUACAGCCGCCUGGAAGCCGAGAGGCGCAGACAGCACGCGGAGGCCGAGCGCAGGCUGCUGGAGCCGGAGGAGCCGGGCCUGGGCAGACCGCCGCUGCCGCGGGGCUACGAGCUCCCGGCCCCGUCCUCCCCGGCGGCUGCUCCUCCUCCCCCACCUCAGCGGACCGCCUCCUCCCUGCAGGCCCCGGCCCUGUCCCCAGACUCCCUGUACACCGCCAGGCUCGUUGCGUACCACGAGGAGGAGGAGGAGGAGGAGGACUGCAGUCUGGCAGGACCAAACUCUUCCGUGGGAUCUUCCGGGGCAGCGAUCGGUGCCCGUGACGGCUCCCGGGACCCGAGAGAGAAGCUGGCGAAAAGCCAUGAUGCAGAUUUACCUGGAAAUUCCGGAGCCCCUGAGAACUUGACAUUCAAAGAGCGCCAGCGGCUGUUCUCACAAGGUCAAGAUGUGUCCAAUAAAGUGAAAGCCUCUCGUAAAUUAACAGAACUGGAAAACGAACUGAACACAAAGUGAGACCAGGAAAUGGCACCCGUGCUCAGCCCAGCGUCCUCCCGGUGCGGCUUUGGAGGAUGGUCGGGGGAGAGAAGGAGGCGGCGGCAUUUCCGAGUCACAGAAGGGCUGUUUGGAAGAUGGGUGGGAUUUAGAGGUGGUCCCAGUCCAAGAAGCCCUUUUGUUUUACCAGGAGAUUAUCAUUUAUACGAUGUAAAACACUGUCCAAUUUCUUAAUUAUCUGACUCACCCGAAGAUACGUUUUUUGUUGCUUUUUCUAGAGUCCAAGCUGGAAAGGGGGAGCGUGCAGCGCAGGCGAGGGCAGUGGGGUGUCUCCCCUGCUGUCCCCAGGGGUGCCGAGAGGCCACGUCCGUCCCGUGUCACAGACUGGACUGUAGGGAUGGGACGGGGCGUAGCCUGAACCCCCAGACCUUGUUUGCACUAUUCCAUAGUAACUGCAGAUGUCCCAGAGGAGGGUGGGCACGGAGGACACGCCCGGCGCGUUGAGUCCAGAGCUCUCGUGGGCCGGGCUCGCUAGUCUUGUCCGUGCAGUUAGGAUGCGGCUCGGACCCACACCUCCUGGGAGGGAGGUGAUGCCCAUCGGAGACCCUGCCCCUCUCCUUCCAUACGGGGACAGCCCUCCCAGUACAUUCUAAAUAGUUGAUUUUAAAAAAUUCUCCAAGAAGAAAAUUUUGAGGAUUGAAGCUUAGGAUAUUUUAUUUUUAUAAACGUCAGAUUACUGUUAGGCUAAUAAAUCAUUGGUGAUUUUGAAGAUGGCAAUGACGUUAGGAAGUUAAUAUUUCAAAUAUUCAGGGGAAUCUGUAAAAGAGCAUCUGUUUAGCUGGGCAGUGUCGAUGUGGGUAGAAACACAUAUUGGAGAGGGAUGGGGGGGGGGCAGGGGUCAGUAGUGACCUUUGAGCACAACUAUUGCUCAGAAAUUUUAAAUGCAGAGAAGAAAGAGUGACAUCCAUGUCCUGUCUGGGAAAGAAGGGCCAAUGACAUGGCAUCUACGAUUUAAAUACUGUAAGAGUGACUUGUGAGGCAGUUGAAAGUAUUUUUUUUUUCACAUCUGAUAGUUACUGAACUUUCAUUUGAUGAGUUACUGUGACCAGUGUCCUUUCUUUAGCUGUGAACAUGUGGCCGAUACAGACACGGAUCUCACUCUGGUUUCUACUGUGUGAUGUGAAAAUGGUAAAUUACGUGGGGAUUAUGAGCGAAGCUUCUAUUUGACAAGGCCCUGCUGUGGGAUCCUGAGGAUUUUUCUGCACCAGAUUGUUCUGACAAAAUGCGUAUGUUAGAAAAACGUGCACACUUUCAAACAGAAGAGGGAGGAGAGCCUUUUUAGCCUUAGAAAUCACUUUAAUAGGCGCUGUAUGAUAAAUCAUUGAAACGCGAGUGUAAAUAUUUUUCACGUCUAUCAGGGUUCUUAUCUGGAAGUGUGCUGUCACCGCUGCCCUCGUUUAAGAGAGUAACCUGGUCUACGUGUUUAUGAAGGAUGCGCUUGCUUUAGAGCUCUAGGAGAAGCGGGCCCCUCCCGGAGAGCUCGACAACACUGGCCGCCUCACGGGGACAAAAUCCACACUUGCUGUCAUGAAGCAGACGCAGAGGAGUCACUGUUCCGUUAAUCUGUAGAAAGAAACAAACACGCCUAAGUACACGCACGUACAUGUAAAUACUUACAUGCAGGGGCGUGUGUGUGUGUGUGUGUGUGCGUAUGUGUGUGUGUGUGGUUGUAAACCUGGAAACGGGUGGGUUUGGCCGCCCGUGGGUGACGAGGUCAUGACUGUGCGUCACUGUGGAAACACCAGAACUGCUGUACUUCCCAUUUCUACUGUAGCUCAUUUGCAAUCUAUUUUUAAUAAACUUUGUAUGUAUUUGAGCGGAUCUGUUGUUGUAAUCGUGCUGGCAAAGAUUAUAUGUGUCAUCUCA